GCCGAAAUGUUUCAGUUGUAUUUCAGCGAGUGAGCGUGUUAGUUGUAAAUAAUAUUUACUCGUACGAAAGCGGUGCUGACAAACGAGCAACGACGACAACACACGGUUAUUUUUUUUAUAUUAAAAGAAAAAUCUCUCAAUCUCUAUGUCGGGAUUAUAUUAAUUCUAAACAAAAAAACGAAAAUAAAAAGUAAAAUUAUAUGUUUCUGCCUGCAUAUAAACGUGUGAUAUAUUACAACAAUUGCUGUAACCGUUAAAUUAACUGAAAACUGUAAAAUUUUCGUUAAAUGAGUUCGUAACUCAUGCAAUAACAAUAAAGUGAAGUAAAUCGCCAAAGUAAAAGCAUAAAAGAAAAAUGUUGUGUAUAUAAAGAUACGCAAAGCAGGCGAUAAGUGAAGAAGAGUAAUCAAGAAAAAAAAGCGCUUAAAAAAGCAUAAACAAGUGAUAAGCCUGAAAGAAGUAAAGAAAAAAAAAGAAGUACAUUAUACAAACCACUGUGAUAAGUGCUGUAUAACUCAGAAUUGAACUGUGACAUUUUAAAGUAAAAAAAAAAAAACUAAAAACAAAUCAAAAACCACAAUGGAUACCAUCAACAGUGUUCGCGUACAAAACAACGGUAGUCAUCAUAAAGUGUUAAACUACUCACCACCACCAUCACCUGCGUCUUCGCUCAGUUCGGAAUCGCUGGAUGUUGUCAUAACACCACGUACACCUGCCACUAGAUCCCGCCUAAACGUUCACGAUAGCGAUGAACACUUCUGUACACCCAAGAAAUCGCUGGCGGAUUCUGGUGUGCUCGAGCGCAUACGUGAAAAACUGGGCACACCGGGCUCACUCUGCGAGAUGCAUGCGCUACGUCCGGAGCAAAGUCGCGAAGAGGAGACGGUGAAAGUGGUUAAAAAUCGGUUCCUAAUCAGCACACAAAUGUGCUAUCUAUCACCAGCGAUUGCUGCACGUACACCUGCCUCCUAUCGUCAUCUCAUCGAUCUUAAGUCGUCCAGCCUCAAGUGCACCGAUGUCUUCACGGAAACGGAAUAUGUCUGUAAGGUGAUCAACGAGCCACAUGACAAGGUGCAACGCGCCUACUUCGAUAUCAAAACAGCAGGUGAUUUGGCGCGCAGCUCGUUGUAUGGACAUGUCUUGAUAAGGGACAUACACGAAAUUGUGCCAAUGGAUGCGAAUCGUUCGUAUCUGAUAAUCGCACCACCCAAAACGCAGGAAGGUGCUGAGGGUGUCUAUGAGGAUCUGCAUACAUAUAUAAGGAAUAAGCGACGAUUGAGCGAAAAGGAAACGAAAGCGCUGUUCCAUCAAAUCGCCGAGACAGUGCGAUUAUGCCAUCAAAAGGGCAUUAUAUUACGUGAUCUGAAACUGAAACGUUUCUUCUUCAUUGACGAAGCAAGAACGAAAAUCCAGUAUGAAUCGUUGGAGGGCUCCAUGAUACUCAACGAUCCCGCCGAUGAUACAUUGAGCGACAAAAUUGGCUGUCCGCUGUACACGGCACCCGAACUGCUCUGCCCCAAUCCCACGUACCAAGGCAAGCCAGCCGAUAUGUGGUCGCUGGGUGUUAUACUAUACACAAUGCUUGUGGGCCAAUAUCCGUUCUAUGAGCGUCCCAACUGCAAUCUCAUUACGAUCAUCCGGCAUGGUCAGGUGCAAAUACCACAAUGUUUAGCACGACCGGUGCGUUGGCUGCUUUUGUUGCUGCUUUGUAAAGACUACAAAGAACGUCUGCAAGCCGAUGAGAUAUUCCUUACGCCAUGGCUGAAGGAGCAGAAGCCACAUGAUUACGUUUACCUCUCGGUCGAUACAAAUUUGGAUGAUUUCGAAAUGGAAAGCGAUGAUGAUGAUGCUGAUGACGCCGUUGCGAUGGAGCAGGAACAGCAAAUGCAUUUCACUAAAGACUGCCAAGCGGACAAUAGACGUAUUGCGACCGCGCACCACUUUGUUGCCGAAGACUGUCAAGACGCUGACGACUGUGAUAUUAGUAGUAAUACGCAAGCGCUGAAUAGCCAACAUGCCAGCGAUGUGGAUAGCGACGUCGAAAUGAGAUGAUUACACACACUGCGUGUGUAUCAGUAUGUAUGACGUCGACGAUAGCAACACAACAGCGGCAAUUCGCUGCGCGUUGGUGGUCGAGCCAAGUCAAGUCAAGUCAAGUCAAGUCAGCAUGGACAUUGUGGUGGUCGGCGGUAGCAGGAUAUCAAAGCGCAGGCGCUGUUUGAUUACGCCAUCCUCCUCCUCCUCUCCUCCGCAGCAGCAACAAUUACACACACACACACACAUGCAGGCAUAAACAUCCUUUCAAAAUGUUGUUGUUGUCGUCGUUUGUCGGUACAAUGUUUGUUUGUCGUCGUUAUUUGUUCAGUGGCAGCAAGCCAGUUGCUUGCCGGCACCUAUAGGGCAAGCAACUCAGCUGGCCGCGCAGCGUUGGUACUAUGCGCGCGCGGACACACCAUGGACGUAUGUUUGGGAAGGCACACACGCAUCGGGGCGCUGGCUGGGCCUCUUGUGGUAGCAAGCGUUUCGCUGAGGCGUUAAAGCUUUUACUUUGGCAUCCAUUACAGUUAUAUGACUGUAGCCGUGAAAUUAUUUAUUAUUGUUCCUCACAUCACCCGCCUUCCAAUUUUAUUUUAUUAAAUUAAAUACUUAGUAUUUCUUCCAAACAAAGUGAUUUAUGUAAAUAUUUAAAAGAAAAAAAGUAACUCUUGAACUGCCUUUAUAUGCGGUAUGUAGUCGCAGUGUAACUACUAAAGAACUCGAAUUCUUGUUUGUUGUUGAGUUUCUAAUUCUCCUAAACCGAAAUGUACAAUUAUGUUAGUAUAUAUAAUUUAAGUGUGAGAAAAAUUAUAAUUUUGCAAAGAAAAUGCAACACUGUGCUAUAAAUUGGUUAAUUUGUAUCCUUUACUACUAUUUGAGUUUAAAUAUGAAUAAUAGCAACUGAAUUUUGUAAUUAUGUUGUUUUAAGAUUUGUUUUGAUUUGUACAAGAUGUGUUACAAAGAAAAUAUUAAAAAAAAAAAAUUAACAAAAAAUCCAAAAAAAAAAAUAUAAAAAAUAUGAAAAUUAAAAAAAAAAAUUGAAGGACAAAGCAGCAACAAAAGCCAUAAAAUGAAAUUCAAAAAUUAAAAAAUAAACGGUUUGAAUUUGAUCUCAGGCGCAUUUUAAA